AUGGUUGAGGACGACCAGAACGAGGCUGGAGCUGGCGAGGUACCGGAGCAUGAGGAGCACAAGUGUCACGAGGAAAAGUGUUCCAUGCAAGUGCAUGAGCUCAAUGACUUCUUGAAUCACACUUCUCUGCGGAACCUCUCCGGCGAUGACAUGACGGCCAUUUGCCUGAUGGGCCUCGGAGUCGAGACGUGCUGGAUGAACACCAGCUGCUGUGGUCAGGAAGUCCCGAAUCCAGUGGCGGAGCAUGAAAUCAACUUGUGGCACAUGUGCGAAGGGGGAGGCUACAGAUAUGCCCAACUCUGCCACCAGGGGCCCGAUAUGCCAGAGCCGGACAUGUGCGACGAGAAGAAGCUGGAGGGAUGCAUGCCCUUUAUUCAAGAUGCCAUUGAGCUCCUGAACGGCACGAACCUGACCGGCUUGGACUCCGACCGCAGCCGGCACCUCUGUGCUUUGGUCCACAGCACCGAAGCUUGCCUGUACACCACCGGCUGCUGCAGCUCUGCCGGGGAUCUGUUUCCCGAGAGCAUGCACGACUUUGACCUGAACAUGGUGUGCGAGCCAGUGGAUUAUCCCCCCAGCGCAGUCUGCCGCGAGGAUCCCCGGCAUCCAGAGCCGCCGCAUCACGAGGAAAAAUGCGAUCGCGAGCAGCUGAAGGACUGCGACAGAUACAUCACAGAGCUGAGCCACAUGGUCAACAUGAGCAACAGCACCACUAUAUCGGGCUUCACUAUGGACGAGAUGAAGGACAUGUGCUAUUUCGCUUAUGCCAUUGAGUCGUGCUUUCUGGUGACCGGAUGCUGUGAAGACGCUGGUGAGCUUGUUCCGGUGCAUCUGCACGAGAUGAAUGUGUCUGGAAUCUGCCAUACUGCCGGAUACAACUACGAAUCUGGCAUGCUGUGCCGCUCUGAGGAAGAUCGUGAUCACAGCAAGGACGGAAGCCAGGAAGACGGAUCGCACGAAGAGUACGACAGUGAUGGAAACUACAAGGAAUCGAGCAACGACUACGACAACGAAGGGAGCUACGAG